AUGAAAUAAGUUAAGAUAUUAAUACUUAUUUUCUCUUUAACUCUAUUAAUUGCUUAUGCUUAACCUAACAACUUUUUAGGUCAUCAUAAAAAUCAAUAAAAUGACCUAAAUUCUUAAGAAAUUAGCGAAUAAAAAUCAGCACAAGAAGUUCCUUCACCUAUAAAACCAAACUUAAAUAGCUAAUAAGAGGGUUAAGAUGAUUAAUUAGGAGCAGAAGGCUAAGUAAAUGAAAGAAAUCUCUAAGGAGGAUAAUAAGGAGGUAGGCCAGUACAAAAAGCCUCAGAGGGAAAAGGAGCUAGAUCAGGCUAAGGAAGUCAAGAAGGCUAAGGAGGAUAAUAAGGUCCAGGAGGCUUCGGAGGUUCAGGAGGAUAAGGAGGUCCUGGAGGAUAGGUUGGAUAAUAAGGUCCAGGAGGCUUCGGAGGUUAAGGUGGAUAAAGAGGAUAAUAAGGUCUAGGAGAAUAAGGAUAAUAAUAAGGUUCAGUAGGUGAAGGACUUGAACAAGGAGACUUAGGAAAUAUACCAGAUUCAGAAGAUCCAAGAAACUAAGGAGGCAUACCAGAGCAGUAAGGUCCAGGAGAAUAAAGGGGUAGAUAAGGAGGCAAUGCAGGAAGACCAGGACAAUAAGGUGUAGGAGGUAGACCAUAGUAAGGAGGUGUAGGAAGUGAAAAAUCUAGACCAGGACAAGGAGGUCCAGAAGGCUAAAGAGGCAUACCAGGAUAAUAACCAGGAGGAUAAGGAACACCAUAAGGACAAAUGCCUUGA